UACAUAUAUACAUAAGUUCCCUUUUCCAUAACUAAAAUUAUAAGUUAGAAAUGGAUAGAGUAAGUGAGUUAGCAAGAACAAAGGCAGCAGUAAUCUUUACAAAGAGUUCAUGUUGUAUGUGUCAUAGUAUCAACACCCUAUUUUACGAUCUAGGAGCAAGCCCCGCGGUAUAUGAGCUAGAUCGAGAGGCUAGAGGCCGAGAAAUGGAGUGGGCAUUACAGCGAUUAGGCUGUAAUCCGACUGUUCCUGCUGUCUUUAUAGGCGGAAAAUUCGUAGGGUCCGCAAAGGAUGUGCUUGGUGCUCACCUUAAUGGAUCCCUUAGAGAUAUGCUUAUUGAAGCUAAAGCUAUUUGGUUCUAGACUUUUAGUGUGUAUACUACUAAGAAAAUCAUAUUAGUAUCAAAAGCUUUAUGGUUUUUUGUGA